AGCUUUCAUUUGCAUCUCAAGCCCACCACCGUCCUUAAAGCUUCAACCUUCCUCUUCUUAUAGCUGUUCUUCAUAUAUUCCUCCAAAGUUACAAUUUGCUUCUUAAUUUUUCAAGCACAAAAGCGAGAAAAUAUGGCUGCCCAGUUUAGAGAUCAAGACCAGCUGCUGUCUAAAAUGGCUACAGGUAAUGGCCAUGGUGAAGAUUCUCCUUAUUUUGAUGGGUGGAAGGCGUAUGAUAAGGAUCCAUACCAUCCCACCAAGAGACCUAAUGGAGUUAUACAGAUGGGUCUCGCAGAAAAUCAGCUUUGUUUUGAUUUGAUUCAAGAGUGGCUCAUGAAAAACCCAGAAGCCUCCAUUUGCACACCAGAUGGGGUAGAGAAUUUCAAUGGUAGAGCCCUCUUUCAGGAUUACCAUGGGUUGCCAGAGUUCAGAGAGGCUAUUGCAAAAUUUAUGGGAAAAGUGAGAGGGGGUAGGGUAAAAUUUAACCCUGACCGCAUUGUCAUGAGUGGUGGAGCAACAGGAGCUAGUGAGACGAUGGCCUUCUGCUUGGCAGAGCCCGGUGAUGCAUUCUUGGUUCCUACUCCUUAUUAUGCAGGAUAUGAUAGAGACUUGAGAUGGAGAACGGGAGUCCAACUUGUUCAUGUUGUAUGUGAGAGUUGCAACAAUUUCAAGAUCACCAAAAGUGCUUUGGAAGCUGCUUAUGAAAAUGCAAAGGAAGAUAAUAUCAGAGUGAAGGGCUUGCUGAUAACCAAUCCAUCAAAUCCGUUGGGUAAUAUCUUGGACAGAGAGACACUGAAAGGGAUAGUAAGCUUCAUAAAUGAAAAAAACAUCCACCUAGUUUGUGAUGAGAUUUAUGCUGCCACUGUAUCCACAAAUCAGCCUAAUUUUAUCAGUGUCUCGGAGGUUAUAGAGGAAGACAUCGAAUGCAAUCGUGAUCUCAUCCACAUUAUUUAUAGUCUUUCAAAGGACAUGGGGUUCCCUGGCUUCAGAGUGGGAAUUGUCUACUCCUACAAUGAUGCUGUGGUUAAUUGUGCCCGGAAGAUGUCCAGCUUCGGACUGGUAUCAACUCAGACCCAGCAUUUAAUUGCAUCCAUGUUAUCUGAUGAUGAGUUUGUUGAUAGGUUCCUUGCAAAAAGCAAAGAGCGAAUAGAAACAAGACGUAAGGUCUUCAUUCAAGGACUUGCACGGGCAGGAAUCAGUUGUUUGGAUGGCAAUGCUGGCCUGUUUGUAUGGAUGGAUUUGCGUAUCCUCCUCAAAGAUCGGUCAUUUGAAGCUGAAAUGGAGCUAUGGAAAGUGAUAAUCAAUGAAGUUAAGCUCAAUGUUUCCCCCGGUUCUUCUUUUCAUUGCUUGGAGCCAGGUUGGUUCAGGGUUUGCUUUGCCAACAUGGAUCACAACACCAUGGAAGUUGCCUUAUCAAGAAUUAAAACCUUUAUGCAUCAGAUCAAGGAUCAGAAUAGGGAGGUCAAGGAGCUUGCGAAGAAAACAUGCAGGCAAAACAGCCUUAAACUCAGCUUAUCUCGAAGAAGGGUGGACGAUUUCUUGAUGUCACAAAUCAGUAUGUCCCCUCACUCUCCUAUACCUCAAUCACCUCUUGUUCCAGCUAGGACUUAGCUUGAGCAGUCCAUUGGCAGCGUUAGUUAAUUAUUGGUAACUAAUAGAAGUUUAUGCAUUCCAUCCCACAGAGACAACUCUGGGUUCAUGCAUCACUAUCCAUUUGCUUCAUUUAUUGUACUACUUUUGCCUUUCUUCACAAGCAAAAUGCUAGUCGUGAAAGUUUAUUUCCUUUCUUCGAAGUGUAUUUCUUUUAUUAGCCUAAUGAAAUAAUAUAUGUGUC